AUGAAGCUCACUAACCAGUCGUCUGUUCCGGUCUAUACGAUAUCUGGCUCCUCAUCUGCCCGCCCCCUUCCUGAAUGGCUUGCCCGCAAGCGGAAACGGAGCUUGAAAGCCGAUCCUGAGUAUGCGAACAGGGUGGAAUUAUUACAAGAUUUCGAGUUUGAGGAAGCCAGCCAAUGCAUUCGAGUUAGUGAUGAUGGACAAUGGGUAAUGAGCACUGGGAUCACAGGCACAUAUAAACCCCAGAUUCACACACACUAUCUGCCGCACCUGUCUCUCUCGUGGGCGCGCCACACUAUCUCCCUAAACACCACCUUUCAGCUUCUUUCCACUGAUUAUUCAAAAUCAUUGCAUCUACAGGCUGAUCGCUCGUUGGAGUUUCACACACCGCAAGGAUGUCAUUACACCAUGCGCCUUCCUAGAUAUGGCCGCGAUCUAUUAUACGAUAAACAGUCCGCUGAAGCCCUUGUUCCUUCCGUUGGAGUCAACCAAGGUGGGAUGGGUGAGGUUUAUCGGUUAAAUUUAGAACAAGGGAGGUAUAUGCGCAGUUACGAAAUUGAUGUUGGCGGGGAUGAUUUUACUUCUACGGGCGGCGGUGCUCUGCAGGGUGGCAUUAACACCGGAAGCGUGAACACCGGAGCUAUUGCUGAAGAAAGCCAUAACUUACUUGCAUUUGGAACAUCCCAAGGCACAGUGGAGCUGUGGGAUUCGAGAGCAAAGGGACGAGCUGGAAUACUCUUGCCUCCAGAAUCGGAUUCGCGAGAGGAGAGAUCUGAGAUCACUGCUCUACAAUUUCAUCGCUCUGGAUUGACCCUCGCCACUGGCUCCUCUCAGGGGCUUAUCCAUCUCUACGAUCUCCGUUCUCCCGUUCCUCUCUUGAAAAAGGACCAGGGAUACGGCUAUCCCAUCCACACCUUGGAUUUCCUCACACCUUCUACUGGAACCCGGCAGCAGACAACAGACCCAAAGAUUCUCUCCUCAGAUAAGCGAAUCAUUAAAAUCUGGGAUGCCAGGGAUGGGACACCGUGGACGUCUGUCGAGCCGGCAGUGGAUAUCAAUAGCGUUGCUUGGUGUAAAGACAGCGGAAUGAUAUUAACGGCAAAUGAAGGAAGACAGCAACAUGCUUUCUUUAUUCCGCAACUAGGCCCUGCACCAAAAUGGUGCGCAUUUCUGGAUAAUCUUGUCGAAGAAAUGGCCGAAGAUCCUAAUGACCCACAUGCGUUCAACUCUGGCCAGGCUGGCUCUGUAUACGAUAAUUUCAAGUUUUUAACAAUACCCCAACUACGAGUUCUCAACUUGGACCAUCUCAUUGGAAGAACGUCAUUAUUGCGACCAUAUAUGCAUGGCUAUUUUGUCGCGCAACGUUUGUAUGAAGAAGCACGUCUGAUAACGAAUCCAUUCGUCUGGGAGGAAGAACGCGCGAAACGAAUCAAAGAGAAAAUCGAUAAGGAGAGAGAGAGUCGGAUUCGUGGAAAGAAGAAGGUCGCCGUGAAGGUCAAUAAAAAGCUAGCAGAAAAACUCUUGGAGAAGGAAGAAAGGCAAGAGAAGCGCCAUGCACAGCGAUUGCUGGCGCAAGGCGGCGAGCAAACAGCCGAUGAAACUGAAACUACUAAACAAAGCUUACUCCAUGAUCCUCGCUUCGCCAAACUAUUCGAGGACGAAGAAUUCGCUGUGGACGAGACAUCAAGAGAAUUCCAGGCUCUGAACCCAAGUAGCGUACCUAAUACCACGGAAAAGCGGGAGAGAGGGUUAACAGCUGUCGAGGAAGAUGCCAUCGACGAAGUCCCCGGCUCAAGCACGGAGGAGUCAUCCAGUGAAGACGAGAGACCCGCCAAGGCGAAAUCAUCCAAAUCUAUAUCCACAGCUUCAUACAAACGAACAAAACGUCGACCCCAGCAGCCACAAAUGGAAAUCUCCUCGAGUUCUCGAACGGCAAAAGCUCGCGACCGCUCGUUUGCUUCGCGAGUCCAGAAGAGCAGAGUCAGGGAGCGCCCAACCGCCAUGCGCUCCGCAGUCGGUGACAAAACGGUCACGUUUGCACCACAAAGCAAGUCUCGACCUAAGCCAGCAUUCGAUUCUCGUGAGAACCAGUCGCAUCGGCCCGCCAAGGACCGUCGGAGUGCUUCAGGGAAUACCUUCAGGGGCAUGUGA